AUGAAGCGAGCAACCAACCUUCUUGAUUUGGACUCUAAGCUUGAAAAAAGUUCGCUCAUCCCUUUCAGGGAAAUUAAGGUCGAAUGCACCAUACGGAGCAAUUUGGCAACUUUUGAUGGGUUCGGGAUUCAGCAUGACAAUGCUACAAGGCCCAUAAAUGUAGGAUCGGAUAUCACCCCUGAGGUUGAGCCAGAUGAAGUGAAUGCUUUAGCACAACUAAUGACAUGGAAGACUGCAGUCUCCAAUAUAUGCUUCAAAUAUAUCAUUCCUAUCAAUUUACCUUCUACCUAA